AUGGAGGCAGACACUGAAGUGAUGCUGCCACGAGCCAAGGACACCAAGGAUUUCCAGCAAUCACCAGAAGCUAGGAAGAGGCAUCAAGCAGAUCCUCCCUCAGAGCCUCCAGGAAGAACCAACCCGGCUGACAACCUGACCCCAAGCUUCUGGCCUGCAGAACGGGGCAACUCUUUCCCUCCAGAGGUGAGGCCCUUCCUGGAUCAGCCCCAGCAGAAGGGUUGGCUGAGCUGUCCCAGUCAGCAGGCUCUUCUGUCCACGUUUGCUCUGGCCAACUCCAUCCCACAGCAUCAUCACCAGGACCAAGGACCAGCCAACCAUGGAGAGGUGAAACCACAUACAAGCGCUUCUGAGUUCAUCCUCCUAGGGCUCUCAAGCCAGCUCGAGAGGCAGGAACUGAUCUUCGGGCUCUUCCUUGUCAUGUACCUGGUCGGGGCAGCAGGGAACUUGCUCAUCAUCCUGGCCAUUGGCUCAGACUCCCACCUCCACAUGCCCAAGGACUUCUUCCUCAGCGACCUCUCCCUGGUAGAUUUCUGCUUCAUCUCUGCCACAGUCCCCAAGAUGCUGGUGAACAUCCAGACACAGACUCAGUCCAUUUCCUAUGGCUGCUGCCUAGCCCAGAUCUACUUCUGCAUUUUGCUUGUCAACAUGGACAACUUCCUCCUGAUGGCCAUGGCUUAUGACCUCUACACAGCGACCUGCCAGCCCUUGCACUACUCCAUGGUGAUGAGUAUGCCAGUCUGUGCCCUGAUGCUGGGGAGCUCCUGGCCCCUCGCCAACUUCCACUCCCUGCUACCCACCCUCCUCAUGGCCCGGCUGGAGUUCUGUGCCAGCAACGUCAUCCCUUACUCCUUCUGUGACCUUGCUCCCCUGAUCCAGCUCUCCUGCCCCAACACCCAACUCAACCAACUCAUGAUUCUGCUGAAGGGGGACCUGGCGGUCCUCAUCCCCUUCCUUGGCAUUCUCGUCUCCUACAUCCACAUUGUGUCUGCUGUGCUACAGGUGCCAUCUGCCCGGGGCAAACCAAAGGCCUUUUCCACCUGUGGCUCCCACCUUGCUGUGGUCAUUCUCUUCUAUGGGACCAUCACAGGGGUCUACCUGAGUCCCUCAUCCUCCCACGCAGCUGACAAGGAUUCUCUGGCUUCAGUAAUGUAGAUGCUGGUCACCCCCAUGCUGAAUCCCUUUAUCUACUGCCUGAGGAACAAGGACAUGAAGGGAGCUCUAAGGAAACUUGUCAACCUGAAGGCUUUAUCCCAUGGGCUGUGACAGCAGAGCU